CUUGAACACCAUUUCAUAAUGUUUAGAUUUAGAGCUAGUGUUGAUGCAGAAAAAGCCGCCUAAAAUCGGAUUUACAGUCCAAGAACUGGAUUUCGGAAACUAAAAACGUUUUAGAUCACUACCGUCAAACUACAUAUUAUAGACUAUCAUGGAAUUUCAGAAUACUACCACGACUUCAGUGUCAGAGCAAACUAAUGGACACGAAAUGUCGUCAUCAUCAAUUUCGAAUAGCUUAGCCGAAACGGUUACGCCGACCUUUUCGGAUGGCUUGGAUUUCUCCAGUAUGGCAUCCAAUAAUACUCACAAGGGAUUGGGACUGGGAAGACAUACUGUUAUUGGGGUUGUGUUCAUCGCACUGGCUGCUGUUAUUUUGAUGGUUGUAACAGUGGGCGGAAAUUUGUUGGUCAUCAUUGCCUACAGAAGCAAUCGGCGGCUCCGUUCAGUCAACAACCUAUUUUUGGUGAGCCUGGCGUGUUCAGAUCUCGUAAUAGGUGUCGUUUCAAUGAACUUAUAUCCAAUCAUGAUGAUUACGGAGUAUUGGCCUUUUGGACAUAUCUUCUGCGACAUUUGGCUCUGUGUGGAUUAUACACUCAGUAUGGCAUCCGUUGCAAACUUGAUGCUAAUAUGCCUCGACCGGUACUUUUCUGUCACGCGCCCCUUCACGUACAGAUCUAAAAGAACUCGACCAAGGGCCAAAGUUGCCAUCGUUUUAGCGUGGAUAUUUUCGAUGCUACUUUGGGCACCGGCAAUAUUAAUAUGGCCACGUGUACAAGAUCGAUUAGCUGAGGACGGACAAUGUCAAAUUGAAUUUUUUCAAAACCCAAUUAUAACCUGUGUGACGGCCAUACUGGCCUUUUAUCUGCCUGUAUUAAUUAUGAUAAUAUUAUACUGGCGUAUAUUUAUGGAAACAAGACGAUGUCGUCAGUAUUUGGAUUAUUUGAGAAGUUAUAAGAUAUCAAACGCUAAAUCUCCCAUCGUUAAAAGAGCGGCAACCGCACAAAAGUCAGCACCUUCGUCAGCCAGUGUUAAAUCAAUUGGUGAUAAUUCUCCUCCGAGACGCCGGAUAAACUCGACUCCAUCAUCCAGUUUUCGUACUUCAGCAAUGCCCAUUUGGCGUCCCGAUCCAUUACAAGAAAACCCGGACGAAGCUUCUUGUGGCGACGUGUCACCUUGUGAGGAUCGCCAUACGGAAAAUCGUGAUCUUCAAGCUCGGGUAAAUUUCACGGCGUCACUGAGUAAUAGUUCGACAGAUAUGAACGGAGUCAACAACAAUGCAACAGACGGGAAAACGACUGCUGCGAGGCUAUCCCAUUUCCAAAGACUAAAAAGGACGAUUGUAGGAUCAAUUCGAAAUACAUUUAAAUCAUCGACUACCGACGAACGACGAGAAAAGAUGGAAGAAAGUCUUCCUGAUAAAAACUACAACAGACGUGAUACCGAAUCCAGCUGCUGUGAUCAGUCACAUACUCUUACAUUGUCAAGACGAUCGAGUUCUGGUACGACUCCCGUGGACAAAGGCGAAAGUUGCGCUCUUUUACAGGGUGACACAGUUUCUCCAAACUGUAAUUCUGCAAAUUCUAACUCUGUCCAUAAUAAAGACUUUGUAGUACCAAUCAUAAUAACUACAGACGAAGAGUCCGAUCAGCGCGUACCAUGUCUAGCUAGAAGGACAAAAAGCGAGGGCGAUGGAUUUAAAAGAAGUCGAGAUUCUCUCCCUGUUCCACCUCAAAAACCCCCAGCUAUUCCGAGAAGUCAAUCUUCUGUGGAAGCUCCCACUCCUGGUCAAGCAAAAAUGCCGUCGACUGACCGCAAGGCGGCACGAACUUUGAGCGCAAUUUUACUAGCAUUCGUCGUUACAUGGUUGCCCUAUAACGUUUGCGUCCUAUACUCUUCUUUUUGCACCGGGAAAUCAUGUGAGGCGACAAUACCAACAGCUGUUUGGGAUUUUGCGUAUUAUUUAUGUUACAUCAAUUCAACAUUGAACCCAUUUUGUUACGCGGCGUGCAAUAAGACCUUUCGUAACACUUUUAUACGUUUGCUAACCUGCAGCAAACGUGGAAAUCGGAGAAGACGGUUUCGUUGGUGUUGGCAAACCCGUCGUCGAGAUCGAAUAGGUGAGAAUACGUUUUCCAUGCAGCCGUCAACUUCAUCUUCUCGGUCUGUGCCACCGUCUCCAAUUUUUAAAAAGAGGGAAAGUUCUAGUACGUGACCACCUUGAAGGCGGUACGCUUGCUUGAAGACCGUUUACACCCAAGAGGUUGAAAAAUACGGAAUCUCGUUCCAAGAGUUCAAAUAAUGCGAAACGGUGUCUCAAUAAUAUCCAAAAGACUUGAGAGUUCGGUUGGCUAUCGUGGAUUCAUUUAAAUGCCAUUUAUGGGCAUUGUCGGUAGUUGUAUCGGGACUGGCGCCACACAAUAAUGGAGGAUGGUACAUUUUACUAGUAAUGUUAUGGUACAUUGAGGGAAAUAUUUUAACUAACAAUAGACAUGAAAUCCGAAUGAAUUAAUUUCAGGUAAAAUUCUAAAUUGGUAUUGUAAGAAAAUUGCGAUUUUUAGACUUAACAUUCAAGUAUAUUUGAUAUUUUCAUGUCGGAAUUAUUUUUUCAUUUGUAUUGAUAUUUUGACUAUGAUGUACAAAUUGGACGUAUGUAUUGCAUAGUAUCAGACUCAAGCCUUUUAUUAGGACCAGAUAUUUAAAUUAUCUGUUGUAAUCACUUCAAUUUGGGGGUUUGCGAAAAAUUAAUGUUGGCAAAUUGAUUUUUAUUGGUAGAAAUUAUAUCAUUGGCUGCAUAGCUUCUUAUCGUUCUGAUGGAAAAUGUGUUUUCAAAUAUUUCGACGAAACAUAAAAAUAUUCUGGGUCGAACGUUUUUUUUUGUAUGUGCUAACAUCUACACCACACAUUGGCCAAAAUGCAUUUUAGUCCGUUCCAAAUAUUUACAUACUUGGUACUCUUUAGUACUGUGUACCGUUUACCUUGUGUCGUAAGUGUUGACCAACCAUGUUAUGCACGUCCUUUAUUACGUAUUUUGUUCCGUUGUAGCCCAAUACUAGUUAACCUUGACCUCAAACAGUGGAGUGGUUGAUGUUUUUCGUUUCAACGUACGAUAAGCGAUUGUUCGCGGCUUAUUUAUCGAUUCGUGAUACCGGAUUUCCACGGUCGUCUCUAUCAACAAUAGUUAAUAACUAGUAUACCAACUGCUCGCAAAAUAUACGAAAAAGAAACGCACUUUGGUUUGUAUAAUUGCGAUCAACCGCAUUCAAAAUAUCCCCUGCGCCAUUGAGAUUAACGCACAACGUCAUAAUUGUUUGCGUAAUGCGUGGAAGGUUAAUAAUACUGAGCAAUAAGCAUCCGCGGCAACUAUAUUAAUAUUCAUUCUAUCUUCGCGAACGUGGAAUUAGAAUUAGUCGUCUCAUUAAACCACACAAUCGAAUUUCAGUACCAACCUUACAUUGUUAUUGUUGACCAAUUCUACUGACAAUUUUUUGCUUAUCAAAUUUGCGCCGCCCCUCCAUUGUUCUGUCUAUACCCCACGUAUGAGAUAGCGUCAUUGAAGUUCAUUCAUAUAUGUCAUAUUGUCAUCUCAACCUGUCUAAUAAAACUAUAUAUACAGAACCACAUAACCGCGAAUUUACUAACUGAUCCUCUCCGAAUCUCGUCACGGUUGUUUUGUUGGUUUAGUCUUGCGGGGAACUACAUCGAACAUUUUAAAUCAUAGAGCAAUACAGUAUGUUCGAUCUUUAUCAAAUUGCGAUUUUUUAUACACUAAUACCAUCUAUUUUAGAAUAUUUAUAAAAAAAAAAUAUCGAUGUGGACAUGUGUACAACAUAAUAAAAAUGGUGAAAAUUUGGGGACUCCGUCAUCCAGUUGAGUAACUUGACUUUUAAUACUUUUAUCAGAAUUUUCCUUGAAAAAAUGUAUGGUGGAAAUAUAUUGAAGAUUUGCUAUUAUUUAAUAGCGGUUUGUUCAAUAGCGUCUUCGAAACGAGCAAUUUUUCAUCUCGCGUAAAAGCGUCAUUUUGAUAUUUCAUCGUUCUGUGACUGCACACGAUAUUGAUAUUAUUGGAUCCCCCAUUGAGCCAACGCCGUCAUUGUUGAAACACUCGUACUGCGAAAUGCGAAGUCUCAUUUGUAUAAAAAUAUUUGGACUCUAUUAUGCUUUUUCAUAUUGAUGGGCAAGAACUAAAGUAUUGCCAUCCACUGGUAGAUUAUUUUUGUUUUGCAUUUUUUUCUGUGCGUACAUAGCUUAUUGUGAUUCUUAUUAAAUAUUAUGUAAGAAUGUUUGUGAUUGAACCGGAAAAAAAACAGUUUCAAACUGAAAUCACCGUUGUUGACAAUUUUACGUUUAAGACGUCACAGUAAAAUUCCAAAAUUUUCCAACCCUAAUACCGAAUAUAGACAAUUUAUACUUGCAACUAACCCAAAACGUACGCUUAACGUCUCCAUAAAUCAUAGCAAAAUCUGACGCCCGAAAAACCCUACAUACCAGCAAUGAUAUCUGUUUAAUUGAUCAUCCGUUUAUGUACAAAUUCCCGAGGAAAAGUGAUCCAUAAUUCGUUUAUUAGUCAUUUACAAGAAGAAAAACAUUGCGAAAUAGAUAAUCAAUCUUGAUAAACGCCAGAUAAAAUUUCGGAGGCAAACCACGUACUGCAAAAGUACGGAUAACUGAUUGGAAUACGUUCAAAAACAUUGGUACGAUCAAUAGAAACAGAAGCGGCCUUAAGUCGCCACAACCUGUGCGGCCGCAAUUGGCCUCGCAUUACCAUAGGCCCCGCGCUUCAUAAUCCUUGUCAUUGAGUGUGUUCUAUGUCGAGUGCAAAAGUACGGAUAACUGAUUGAAAUACGUUCAAAACAUUGGUACGAUCAAUAGAAAACAGAAGCUGACUUAGCUUAGGCCACCACAACCUGUUUGGCCGUUGUGGGCCCCGCAUUCCCAUAGGCCCCGCGCUUGAUAGUUCUUAUCAUUGAGUAUGUUCUAUGUAGAAAGCAUAAUUUUAAGGAUACAUCACGGUAACCUCUACACGCAAGGCCCGUAGAGUAAAGUUACUUGAAACCUGAUUUUGUAUUUAGUUAUAGACUAUAGGAAUGAUAAAAUGUAAAGACGAAGUAAUUUUCUAUCACAAAACCUUAUUUUUUUGUUAUCAUCAAUAUCUAGGCCCGUGCAAUGAUUUUGCAUGGGUCCUCUGACUGGUUAAGACUGACCCUGAACAGGCAGUAGUAGCCUAUAAUCAACUAAAUUUGCGAGAGUUUGGAUUCAUUUUUUGGCCUAACAAACACCUAACGUAAAACGUGAUUAUGAACGUAAAAGUAAUGCAUUGAAGCUUUAUUUGAAUAUAUGUGAAUUCAAUUGGUACGGGUUUGCUUUCUAACAAAUAAAUAUAUUUAUAUUAUAUUGCUUGAUAUCCCUAUAUCUGAUAUAACGAUAUUGCACUUUGUGAUUUUAUGUUGUCUAUUUCGUUUUGAGUUAUUGCUUUUAUCGUUCUAUCAUAUUUGAUUGGUGCAAAUACCGUAUAUGCGUUUACCUUGGUAUAUUAUCAUGGGGAUUUUUUUUUCAAUUCGGAUUUUUUUCAAAUUAUGAACGUUAAUGGAAAUGUUGAUCUCAAGCAUUGGCUAUAUAUAAUGAGUUGUGUUGAAAAUGCAAUGGAUUAGGUAUGUUUUUUUUUUGCUAAAAUAUCACCCCC